AAGACUGUAGCCAAGAGGAAGAACUGGCAAGAGCUCACUCCGUCCGCACAGGGUAAACUCGCGCGUGCGCACUGGCCUUUGGCCAAGCAAGCUCUGUGGCUUUUGCCCUGGAUGCUCAUCGUUUUCCGGGCUCUGACGCCAGAUCCAUACUAUUCUGUAAACUGAGGCGGUGAUGCCCAAAAAAUGGAAGCAAUUACUCUAGGGUAUCAAAAGACUGAAGCAAGCAAUAAAACCUUUGCGCGGAGAGAAGGGAGACACAGCACGUGUGCGCAGCACCGCCCUCUUUUGGCGAAGCACCUAGGCCUGGCCCCUCUGGCGACCUGUAGCGCGGCGGAGCAAGCACAGAAGGUUAGGCGGUUUGCAGUCGCCAUGGAGCCCAACGGGACCUACGAGCUGGGGUUCGUGGGUAUUCGCUUCUGCCAGGAAUGUAAAAACAUGCUAUACCCCAAGGAAGACAAGGAGAACCGCAUUCUGCUCUAUGCGUGCCGGAACUGUGAUUACCAGCAGGAGGCUGACAACAGCUGCAUCUGUGUCAACAAGAUCACGCACGAAGAGGACGAACUGACCCAGAUUAUCGCCGACGUGUCCCAGGACCCCACGUUGCCGCAGACCGAGGACCACCCGUGCCAGAAGUGUGGCCACAAGGAGGCUGUGUUCUUCCAGUCACACAGUGCCCGGGCUGAGGACGCCAUGCGUCUGUACUACGGGUGCACGGCCCCACACUGCGGCCACCACUGGACCGAGUGACCUCACCUCUCCCCCAGUGUAAUUAACACCAGAGUCCAUG